UUCAAGUUGUCGCAGGCCUUCACUUUUGAGAAUUGAAUGAAGUUUCCACUCGGCAGAUUCACCCACCUCUCCCUCUCCAAAUAUCCUGCUCCUAUCUAUCACGUCUCAUCAUUUGGCGUAUUCUCAUUACCCUUUAGCCCGUUCAAUUUGCGAAGAAACAUUACCAAAUAUCCUGUUUCCUCGAUAGUCCCGAAUCUACAGCGAUUCAGCUGUCCACCCUCCAAAAUGUCUGUCGAGGAAGCCGUGACAGACGCAUUGCAAAUUCCAGUCGAUCAGAAUGCGCAGGCAGCCGAAGAUGCUAAAAAGAUGCUCGCUGAACUUCGAGGCGAUGCUGAGACUGCCGGGAAAGAAUUAACCACGACAUCUGACGCUACGGAGUCAAACAAGGCCGAAGCGGAGGCCAAGCCUGAAGCAAAAGAGACGGAGACUUCUUCUGAAAAGAAGGAUGAUUCUGAAAAGAAAGAUGACUCUGGGAAAGAUUGGGAACCUCGGGAGAGGUCUGGCUACGGCGGUCGAGGCCGCGGUCGUGGUGGUCACAAUGGCCAGCGCUCUCGCAACUACCGGGACAAUAUCAAAUCGGACCUCACCUCCCAGGAAACCAGCAGCGACCCGGUCGCCAUCCGCAAACAGGUUGAAUUCUAUUUCUCCGAUUCCAAUCUCCCUCACGACAAGUUCCUGCUUGGCAAAGUUGGCGGAAGUCAGAACAAUCCUGUGGAGCUGAGCAUCAUCCACUCGUUCAAGCGCAUGCGUCAUUUCCAACCAUUCGAGGCAAUUGUCGAAGCCUUGCGGGACUCAACCUUCCUUGAACUCACCGAGGACGAGACGGCUGUCCGGCGAAAGGAGCCACUCCCCGAGAGUCUCAACAAUGGACCUGACCCCAAUGCGAUCCGCAUCUUCGAAGACCGUGCCAUGCCCCGAACCGUCUACGCAAAGGGAUUCGGUGAGGAGGUUCCAAGCACGCAGUUUGACAUUGAGGCUUUCUUCGCCCCUUACGGCCCCACCAACGCUGUGCGUCUGCGACGUACGGAUGACAAAAUCUUCAAAGGCAGUGUCUUUGUGGAAUUCGAGACCGAAGAGUUGGCCAAGAAGUUCUUGGAGCUUGACCCCAAGCCUCAAUUCAAGGGCAGAGAUCUCCAGAUCAUGAGCAAGAAGGAGUACUGCGACAAAAAGGUCGAAGACAUCAAAUCAGGCAAGAUCAAGCCCAACAACCGAAACGACAAAGGCCGUCGAAAUGAUCGUGGUGGAAGAGAUGGCAGAGAUGGCAAGAGAAAGCGUGACGGUGACGACAGCCGGGAUUGGAGAACACGGAGGGACGAAGACCGUAAGCACGGAUUCAGAGAUGACAAGCGACGUGGUGGCAACCGAGACCGGGGGGAUUUCAAAGGAGGCCGAGGUGGCCGCAACAAGGCUCCGGAAACAGAUGAGAGGGGUAUCCCAACUGUCAAGUCAUCCGCCUCCCCGAAACCGAAAAACGACAGUGGACGUGACGAGGCUCUUGCCAAAGCAAAGGCUGCAGUUGAAGCCGAAUCCAAAAAGGAUGCCGACAAGCAGCAGGCCGCGGACAAUGUUGAAACCACCGAGCAAAAUGGAAACGCCGACGUUUCGAAAAAGACGGCCGAUGCUGUCGCUGAAAGUGUCCAGGCUGACGUCGAGGCCACUGCAGGCAAGAAGCGUGCGAGAGAGGAUGACGACGGCGAGGCUGAAGCCGGGCGUGAGGCGAAAAAGGUUGACUCCAAGUCCGAGUCAUAGCCUGCCUUAGCCGUCCAGGAAGAGAGUCUUGAGCACUUGACUCCAAGGCUGGCCAACCCGUUGGCAGACAUCAUGCCGAGGGCUGUAUCAUUACUCUGACGAGCUCCAUUGCAUUGUUCCCGGCGUCUGGAUGAAUGGGCAUUGAAGCCUGCGAGGCAGGUGUGGUGGUCAUGAGAGCAGAAGCUCUGCGAGUGAUAUCAUGGUGAAAUGUUUCUAGCAGCCCAUAAAAGUAACAUUUCGUCGAAUUGUGCUUAAUGAGAACACUUGAUAACAUG